GCACGCUGGGCUCUGGAGUCACAGCAGUGCACAGGGUGAACAAGCCUUCCCUCCUGAUAGUCCAAUUUCGUAGCGGUUCAAAUUGCGGGGGUGCGGCGUGCCGGAAGAAUCUAUCUGACCCUGGCGCCCUUUUCCUGCCUGGGGUGGGCGGGGCCGGACAGAAGCACGCAUGCGCAUAGGAAAAUCCAACUUCGUCUCGGAACUAUGGUUACUGGUGCCGCGGGGCACCCGGCCCCGGGAGUGUGCUCGGCCGGAAGUGGCCGCUGAGGACCUGGGGUGGGUUUGGUGUGCGGGGCCUGCCACAGCAGGUAACAAGUCGUAGAGAAUCGGGAUGGAGGCCGUAGCGGCAGCGACUGCGACUGCAACGGCGGCGACGGAACCCGGUGAAGGCUGCACGGAGCCCAGUCCUGGGCACUGGGGGGAGCUGAGCUGGACGCCGGUCCCAUCCAGACCCCAGGACAAGGCGGAAGCAGCAGAGGGAGCGCCAAGGGCCCUAGACACUGGCCCCCCAGAGGUCGAGGACGCGGCGGUGAGUGCCAUGCUGCGCGCCGUGGCUGCCAGCCGCCUGCCCGUGUGCAGCCAGCAGCAGGGCGAGCCCGACCUGACCGAGCAGGAGAAGGUGGCCAUCCUGGGCCAGCUGUACCAUGAGAAGCCACUGGUGUUCCUGGAGCGCUUCCGCACGGGCCUCCGGGAGGAGCACCUGGCCUGCUUUGGCCACCUGCGCGGUGACCACCGCGCGGACUUCUACUGUGCCGAGGUGGCCCGGCAAGGCAGCACCCGACCCCGCACCCUGCGCACCCGCCUGCGUAACCGCCGCUACGCUGCCCUGCGUGAGCUCAUCCAAGGUGGCGAGUACUUCAGCGACGAGCAGAUGCGGUUUCGGGCCCCGCUGCUGUACGAGCAGUACAUCGGGCAGUACCUGACCCUAGAGGAGCUCAGCGCCCGCACCCCGGCCCACCGGCCGCCCAAGCCCGGCCCCCCCGGCACGCCCGCCUGCCCGCUCUCCGACCUGCUGCUCCAGUCCUACCAGGAGCGGGAACUGCAGCAGCGGCUGCUCCAGCAGCAGGAGGAGGAGGAGGCCUGCUUGGAGGAGGAGGAAGAGGAGGAGGACAGCGACGAGGAAGACCAGAGGCCUGGCAAAGACUCGGAGGCCUGGGUCCCCGACUCGGAAGAGAGGCUGAUCCUGCGGGAAGAGUUCACCAGCCGGAUGCACCAGCACUUCUUGGACGGCAAGGAUGGGGACUUUGACUACAGCACCGUGGACGACAACCCUGACUUCGACAACCUGGACAUAGUGGCCCGGGACGAAGAGGAGAGGUACUUCGAUGAGGAGGAGCCCGAGGACGCACCCAGCCCAGAGCUGGACGUGGCUGAUGGCUGCGGCCGCCCACCCCGUCCCCCGCCCCAACAAGGCCGCUGAUUACAGGCCAGGCCGGCUCAGUGACUUUCUCUAGGCGACAGCAGCGUGGCUGCCCUACACCAGCAAGCCUCGCUGGGUCUGGUCCCGUCUCCGCGGCCCCCUCCCCCUUGCUCUCCAUUUCCUUCUCCCCCUGAACCCUGGUGCCUCUCUCCCUCCUCUCUCAGUCUUUUUCUCACUACCUUUCUAGCUCCUGCUUUCUGUGUCUCUCCCUCUUUCUCCACCUCCCUCUUUUUCCUUUCUGUCUUUCUUUCUCCCCCUCUCUUUGUGCCUCGGCCUCUGUCCCCACGACAGGGCCCAGGAUGAACAUCCUCCCCUUGACCUAGGUCAGUGGGGGCCUUUGUCGCUGGACCUGGCCAGGCUGAACCCAGAGCGGCGCUCCGCCUCUCCCUCCCCAGCCCCGCCUCUGCUCUCCUGCCCCUCUGUGCUUGAGGCUCAGUCUCACACUUGCACCUCCUGGCCUCUGUUACAUUCCGUCUCCUUUGGCCUCCCUCUCUGGGCCCAUGGCUCUUCCUGCCCAUACACUUGCAUCUUUUGCAGCCUCUGUGCUGGCUCUGUCCCUCUCUGUCUCUCAGCCUUUAUCUCUGGGUUUCAGUACCCACCCCCAAGGCCCUGAGCAUCCUCCGUCCUGGCUGCUGUGGGCCACAGAGCCUGACUGCUGAGUAACUGGGCCUCGCUGUGGGCAGUGGGGAGACCUUCGGGGUGGCCACUGGCUCUCACCUCCCCCUCAGGACCCAGGUUUGGGAGAGGUGAGCAGGGGCGGCAUGGGAUCGUGGGCCUGCCCGGCUGGGUAUAGAGGGAGAGGAGCGACUUGCCCCUCCCAGCCCCACCAGCCCCGCUCUGCCCAGCCAGUUUUCCCUUCCUUCACUUCCUCCACCUCCCUCUCCCUCUCCUGUUUACACUUCCCAAAUAUGCACAGGCUGUUAUCAAGGGUCCUGAGUCAUCACACACACACACACACACACACACACACACAGCCGGCCCCAGCAUCCCUGCCCCAAGCCGGCCCCGCGGAGCCCCCUGCCGCCCUGGGCUAAUGGGAGCCAGAUGGCCGCCUGGUGACUCAGCCACUGGCCUGUGGGAACCCAGGCAUCCCGCCUUCCCAUGCCCCCAUACCCAGCUCACGCUCCCCCAGUAGAUAUACGCAGGGAAGGGGCCAGCUGCUAGUGGGGGGGGGACACAGGCCAUGUGUUGGAGAGGUGGGGCCCGGGGACCCCUCACUCCUGUGAGCCAGCCCUGAAGGACCCUCAAAACUGCCUUUUCCAGCAUGGGGCCCAGAGUGCCGGGGAGACCCCAUGGACUCUUGGGGCCACAGCUUUUGACCCCCAGGCCUCACCUCUGGCUCAACUGGAAUUAGAGCCAGACAGAAAGUGAGAGACAGAGGCCGAGGGAUGUUCAGACAGACUAUUAAAUAAGGAAACUUGCGGUUAUUGAGCAGUUCUGUCCUGUGCCAGGCCCCAGCAAGGUGCCUGAUGCUGCACUGAGUCCUCCACACAGCCCCGCGAACGAGGGGCUCAGCUCCAUUCCGUAUGUGGGUCACAGGAGGCCCAGAAAGGAGAUGUCACGUACUCAGUAGGCCACGUGGCCAUCAGAGAUGGCAACUCGGGUGUAGAAUCGUAAGUCCUGGAGACCACCUCCUGGCCUGCCUGUCUGCUCUCAGGGCCACGCAGAGUAGACAGACACACAGACCUCUUCAGGGAUAACAACAGAAGGAGAGUUAGCUGUUGAGGAUAACAGCAGCUAACACCUUUGGGGCCCUCCUGUCACGCUAGGCACUGUCCUUCCUAUGCACCGACAGCCAGCAUCAUCUAGUGUUUAGUACCUGAGUCACUGAACCAUCACAGAGGUCCCAUCAGUAUAAACUGUCAGUACUGAUAGGGUGUCUCCCAAAGGAGGCCCAAGGCGAUCCAGCCAGCUAGACUCACAGUUGGGAGAGAUGUUUGUCUCUCAGGUGCUUUUAUUGAUGCCCUCAGGUUGAGAGAGGUCUUUCAUAAUACAGGCAUCAGCCCUGGGUGAUGGGCACAUUUUUCACCAGUCUAUCAUUUGAUCAUUAAAUUUGUGAUACACUGUGCCAUGCCUGAAUUUGUUGCAUACAUAUUUUAAGGGAUGAGAGACAGCAGUUGAGUCAGAAUUAGGGUUAGUCAGAUGGCAGAGAAGGAGCAUCUGUCUCAGAGGCCGAGGUGGGGCCCAGAGACACUCCCCCAUCACAGCCUCAGACCCGCUGAGACCUGGAGGUGCCCAGAGAGGCGCCUGCCCCUCCACUCUUGGUUCUGGGAUUGGGGUGGGCGGAGAGGCUGAGUCAGGGAGGGGAGAGCCCCUCCGAGGGCAUCCGGCCCCCACCCCCGUGUCUCCUGUCUGUUCUCCUGGCCAGGCUCUGCUGGCUGCCACCCCACUCCCCAUGUGUGACACCUCUCUGCGUCCUGCCCCUCUCUCCUCAUCCCCUCCAACCGCCUCGCUGUCCCUUCUCCCUGCUGCUGCUGUCUCCUUCCUCUGCCUCUCCCCUAGCUCCGUCUUCCCUUUCGGUCUGUCUCUGCAGCUCCCUGACUGUCGUCGUCUCCCCAUCGCUUCUUGUCUCCCUCCUCUCAGCCCCUUCUCUCCCCCCUCGCUAUGCCCAGGCCUCUGCCUCCUCUUCUCUCCUCUCCCUCCUUGUCAUUCCCUCCCUCUCGGUCUCCGCGUCCCCGUGCCUUUCUGUCAGAGGCCCCCCUCCUCCUCUCGUCUUCACCCUCAUUUUUUCCUACCCCUCUCUCCGCUGUCUCCUGGCCCACCGCCCUUGUCCCAUCUCUGCUGGUCUCUCUCCCAGAUCCUGGGAAGCCCAGCGGGGGUGUCAGGGUCAGGGCUUCACUGGGGGCCCCUGGGAGGCCAGAAUGAGGGGUCACCACCUCGCCCCCACCCAGAAAGGGGGCAGGGAGGCUGCGGCCUGUCUGGCCAGAAGGAAGUGACUGUGCUGUGGCCUGGUCACCCCCGCCCCCAAGACCUGCCCGGCUGCUGCCGCCCCCGGGCUGGGGCCAAGUAAACACAGCCGCCGGCAGCCCAAGAUAUUUAUACCGAGGUCCGGGCGUGGGUCCAGUGCCCACCACAGCCCCUGCCCUGCCCUGCCCGCCACGGCCAGCCCCGAGCCAACGUGGCACCAGCUGCAGACACAGCCUCCACUCAGCAUGGAGGCCGCAUCACUCGGGAUGCCAGUGGCUUCACUAGGGACACAGGAUGCCCCCCCUCCCUGGAAACGCCAGCACAAAUGCAGCCCCACACAUGCAGCUGCUCCUGAACGUGAACACACUCACCCCACCGAAAACUCAAGAGUGAUAGAGCAAAACAGAGACUCACGACUGCUCACACGCUGAAGUCAUCAGCCCACAUGUGGGGACACAAAAUAGAGACACCACCUGCUCACAGACACCCACAGAGGCUGAGAACACCAGUCCCAGAGAUGGACACACUGGGAGGAGGACAGCAAGCAUGUGGGAGACACACCCCGUAGACACACAAACAUGCUCGGAAUACCAGCGACGCACACGCUGAUCACAAAACGUAACCCAGAAGCUACCCACCCACAGACGCAAACACUGGGAACUGUCACACACAGGCAGUGAAAACAUCCUGAGUAGGAAACAACGCACAACACGCACACACACAGUACCUCCUGGAAACACACUUUUCUCACAGACCCAUAAACAUACAUGGAAAACACCCACACUUCUAAUCAAACUUAUGCUAAGAAUGUGCAAAUUUACACUCAGAAAAGGAGAGCAAGUGUGCUGAGAAAAAUAUCCAGACACAUAACACACCCCAGGGAUACAACCAACUCAUACAUGCAGACUGGCCGAGUCACACUGUGUCCAGACACAGAUCCCAGAGUGCAC